AUGAAGCGCGGAAGAGCCGCGACGGGGAGCACGCCGCAGCGAAGCGGGUCAUCGUUCGUGGACUGCCCGCUCUGCGCGAAGUCGUUCCACUCCGCUUUGAUCGCCGCGCACGUCGAAAGUUGCCUCGGCGUCGUCGCCGCGGAGGAGCCGCCGAAGGAGGAGGAGGCGACGACGCGCGGAGGAAAUCCGAAAGAGCAGACGAAGGCGCCGGCGGACCCUUCCCCGCCGCCGCCCGCCGACGCGCCCGCGCCCGCGCCGUCCGCGUUCGCGGCGAUGAUGAGAGCGCAGCGAGGCGCGAGCUGCAAGCGCGUCUUCACGGCGUGGAUCGACGCGGCGACCGACGCGUGGCGGUGGGUCGUCGAGCCCGGCGCCGCGCCAGGCGCCGCCGCGGAGGCGGCGGGGUUCGACGCGAGCGGCGCGAGGGGCGGCGGCGGGCUGUUCACCGCGGUCGUGAAGUUCAAGGAGAAGACGACGGAGGGAGAACCGUGCGAGACGACGCUGACGCUCGUCACGGACGUCCAGCCCGCGAGCGCGGGGGAGGCGGAGGCGGAGCUCCGCGCCGCCGCGCGACCUCCGUCGGACGGCUCGCGGGGGGCCUCGGACGGCGCGCCGCACCUCUCCCCCGGGGUGCUCAAGUCCGCGCUCCAGAAGAACAUACGGCGCGGGCGGAUCGUCUCCGCGGCGCGGUGCGCGAGGCUUCUGCUCCUUCAGUCCCCGUCCGAGGCGCUCAGAAGGCUGCCCGUGAUCGCGCUCGAAGACGCCGUCGCGCAUCCCGCGACGCCGCUCGUCGCGUGGCUCGCCGCGGCGCACAGCAAAGGGUACGCGCUGCCUCGAAGCGCGCGCGAUGUCGUCGUGCGCUACGCCGCGGAGCUCGCGGCGUGCGAUGGGAAGGACGUCGACGUCGUCGGGGAGGACGCGUUUGACGAGAAAGAGAACGGCGCGGCGGCGACGGCGACGGCGACGACGACGACGAGCGAGCUGUGCAACCUCGCGGUGGCGUGUCGAGGCUUGGACGCGUCGCGCCAGUCCGGGAUGAUCGUCGCGCUGUGCGUCCGCGCGCACUUCGGGGGGAUGAAAGGCGACGUGGACAUGCUCCGCGCGAGCGCGGCGACGUGGCGCGCGAGGUUCGUGGAAGAGAACGCCGAAGCGAAGGAGUCGAACGGAUCGCGCGCGGGCGCGGGCCCCUCGUGGUCGUCCGCGCUCGACGCGCUCUUCGCGUCCGCGGCGGAGAAAGCGUCCGCGGCGCUCGCCCUCGCGGCGCGUCGCGCGUCCUCAGACGACGGCGCCGCCGCCGCCGUCCCGGCUCUCGCGUCGGCCGCGCCCGUGGACGCGGGCGCGUUGACGCGAAAAGACGUCCCGCCCGCGGCGAUUGACUUUCACGUCUCGGACGUCGUCGAGGACGCGUGUCGAUCGCCGCGCGCGAGCGUCGCGCUGACCGAGGCGCUCGAUCACGGGCUCGACCGCGCGCUCGGGGAAGAUCUCCCCGCGCUCGUGCGGUCGGUGAUAUGGUCGCGGUGCUCGUCCGUCACGGACAAGAGCGCGUGGUCGAGAGCUUGGGCGGGGGCGGGGGCGGAGGCGGCGGGGGCGGAGGCUUCGCGGGCGGCGGCGGCGGCUUCGCGGGCGGCGGAGAAGGAGGAGGAGAAGGAGCGGAAGCCCGUCGACGCGACGGAGAUUUUCUGGCGGCGGAUCGAGAGCGCGGUGGAGAGCUACCAGCGGCGGUUCAUCGCGCGCAGGUUCUUCGACGAGUGA